AUGCAGAUUAAGGCCAUUGCCACCAUCUUCGGCCUCGUCGCCGCCACCAUGGCUGUCCCCCACAGCCCACCAUUCUCGGAUGGCUGGGGCUCCGACUCUGAUCUUAGCGACAGCGACCCUACCGGCAACCGAUACGGCAACCCAGAUGGCAACCGAUACGGCAACCCAGAUGGCAACCGAUACGGCAACCCAGACGGCAACCGAUACGGCAACCCAUACGGCAACCCAUACGGCAACCCAUACGGCAAUCCCCACGGCAAUCCCCACGGCAAUGUGAACAUCAAGGAGAAGACCUACGGCGACGACGGCGCACCCCAGUCCCAGAAGCAGUCUGUCACCCAGAUUGUUAAAGUUGAGAAUGGCGACAAAGAAUAUCCCGGCGUCGCCCCUCCCCCCGUUGGCGGGUGCCCGUUAAGCUUGUGCUGCGUCACAGCUUUAACAGCUUGUUACCCUCUCCCAGCAGGUGGCUGCACUGUCGCAUCCACUUUCCCCUACUGCUGCGCGAUUGAUUCCCUGCCCGGUAUGUGCACGAUUGUUGCUGGCACUCCCAGUACCCUCGGCGGCGCUGGCACUAGCGUUCUCAAUGGCGGCCUCGUCCGCGUCGCCGACACCAUCUUGGGUCUACAAGUGAGGAGCGCCACUCCUCCGUUGAGUGGCUCCGUGAAGCUAUUUCGCCAGGUCUUCAGUCUCCUUCUUCGGUGGACUAAUACAAGGCCUGAAACAACUCAUGCCUUGGGCCUGCAGCAUACAUGUUGCUCUGAAAUUGACGAGGACCAACCUAUGGAAGACUACGUCGACCUUAAAGAUCAGCAAGAUGUUGAAAACAUCCAAGAAGAGGAUCCUCAUCGGUACCAUGAACUCGAACAACUCGUUUCUGAACUAGAGAGUGAGUUCCACCAGCGUGAUUUAUCGAUCAUGGAGUUCUUGGACAACUACUGGCACGCACGUAUGAUAAAUUAUCUCUCAACGCCCGGCCAUUACGACGAAGAGCACAUCCAGAAGACAAGGAAUCUUAGCGUUUUUCUAGAACCGCAUGAGAUCAAUAUUCCUGAUGUUGUCUUUUACUUUGGCAAUCAGGUUGAGGAAGUCACAACGGAUAAGGAGAGCUGA